AUGGACGACUUGUUCGAUGUGUUCGAGGACAAACCUCCCACCGGACUUCCUCUUCAAGAUCCUUCCAAGCCUCGAACAAAGAAGGAAAAGAACAGAAAGAGACAGGCAAAUGGUGUUGUGAAGGAUCGUCCGAAUGCGGUGGGCGGCCAGGAGAAUGGACAGGUUGUUGAUACCCUAAUGGAGGAUAUGGACAUGGUGGAACCAACCGAGUCGCAAAAUAGCGAACCCGAUCCAAAGCGACAGCGCCUCCAGCCAGAGCCAGAACCGGUCGUGGCCGAUACAUUCGAGACGGAGCAGUCGCGAGAGAUUGCAGGCUCUGCUGGUCUUCAAGGAACACAAGAUACGAAAGCUGUUGUUCUAUCACAUCAAGUUCGACAUCAAGUUGCGCUGCCUCCAGAUUAUCCAUAUAUUCCAAUAUCGGAACACAAACCACCAGAAACACCCGCAAGAACAUGGAGCUUCACUCUUGAUCCCUUCCAACAGGUGUCAAUUGCGUCAAUCGAAAGGGGGGAAAGUGUUCUGGUAUCCGCUCAUACUAGUGCUGGAAAGACGGUGGUUGCAGAAUAUGCUAUUGCGCAAAGUCUGAGAAAUAACCAGAGAGUUAUCUAUACAAGCCCUAUAAAGGCGCUGAGCAACCAGAAAUACCGAGAAUUCGCAGCUGAAUUCGGUGAUGUUGGAUUAAUGACCGGUGAUGUUACCAUAAACCCUACGGCGACAUGCCUUGUCAUGACGACUGAGAUUUUGCGAUCCAUGUUAUACAGGGGCUCAGAAAUCAUGCGUGAAGUGGCUUGGGUGAUUUUCGAUGAGAUACACUACAUGCGAGACAAGACUCGUGGUGUUGUAUGGGAAGAAACCAUUAUUCUUCUUCCAGACAAAGUUAGAUAUGUUUUCCUCUCCGCAACAAUUCCGAAUGCGAUGCAAUUUGCGGAAUGGAUUACCAAAAUGCACAACCAACCUUGCCACGUCGUCUACACUGAUUUCCGGCCAACACCCUUACAACAUUAUUUUUUCCCUGCUGGCGCCGAUGGAAUCCAUCUUGUUGUUGACGAGAAAGGAGUGUUUCGUGAGGAGAAUUUCCACAAAGCCAUGGAGACCAUCGCUGAGAAACAAGGAGAUGAUCCAGCAAACGUGAUGGCUAAGAGGAAAGGCAAAGGAAAAGACAAGAAGACGAAUAAGGGUGGAGAGAGCAAUAAGGGCCCAUCUGAUAUUUACAAAAUCGUGAAGAUGAUUAUGCUUAAAAACUAUAACCCGGUCAUCGUUUUCAGUUUCAGCAAGAGGGAGUGCGAAGCCUUUGCACUACAGAUGAGCAAGAUGGCAUUUAACGAUGAAUCGGAGAAGGAGAUGGUCAGCAAGGUGUUCAAUAGUGCUAUUGAGAUGCUCUCCGAUGAGGACAAGGAACUGCCGCAGAUUAAACACAUCCUACCAUUGCUUCGUCUCGGGAUCGGGGUUCAUCACUCUGGUCUUCUCCCCAUUCUCAAAGAAACUAUCGAAAUUCUCUUCCAGGAAGGGUUGAUUAAGGUGCUUUUCGCCACAGAGACGUUCUCCAUCGGUCUAAACAUGCCUGCAAAGACCGUGGUUUUCACAAGUGUCCGGAAAUUCGAUGGAGUAAGCCAGCGCUGGAUUACUCCGUCUGAGUUUGUGCAAAUGUCCGGCCGUGCUGGACGUAGAGGCCUUGAUGAUCGCGGUAUUGUCAUUAUGAUGAUCAAUGAGGAAAUGGAUCCAACCGUUGCGAAGGAAAUCGUCCGUGGGGAGCAAGACAAACUUAACUCGGCAUUUUAUUUGGGGUAUAACAUGAUAUUGAACCUGCUACGCGUGGAGGGUAUAUCGCCAGAGUUUAUGUUAGAGCGAUGCUUUUAUCAAUUCCAAAAUGCGGCUAGUGUAGUGGGAUUGGAAAGAGAAUUGGCUGAGUUGGAGAAUGAAUAUGCUGUGAUGACAAUUCCCGAUGAGGGGACGAUCCGGGAAUAUUAUGAGCUACGCCAAAACAUCGCCACGUACACCUCUGAUAUGCGUAGCGUUAUCAGCCUUCCAAACUAUUGUGUACGGUACAUUCAGCCAGGGCGGCUUGUUCAAAUACAAUACAUGGAUUAUGAUUUCGGCUGGGGAGCUGUUGUCAGCUGUCAAAAGAGAAAACCCCCUCGAAACGCGCCAAAUGAAGAAUAUCCUCCACAUGAAAGUUUUAUUGUCGAUGUCUUGCUACAAGUCGCAGAGGGCUCGUCUUCCCCAACGAGAGCUGGUCAACAACCUCUUCCCCCUGGGAUCCGGCCUUCCCAACCGGAGGGGAAAUCCAAGUUAGAAGUUGUACCAGUGCUUCUCAGUUGUUUAAAAACCAUCUCCCAUCUUCGGAUUCGAUUGCCUCAAGACCUUAAGCCAACCGGCGCGAGGAGUGAGGUUAAAAAACACAUUGUGGAGAUCCAACGGCGAUUCCCGGAUGGAAUUCCCCUUUUGGACCCAAUUGAAGACAUGGGAAUAAAGGAUGAUUCCUUCCGAAAACUCCUUCGGAAAAUUGAGGUAUUGGAAUCACGUCUAAUGUCCAAUCCACUUCAUAACUCCCCGCGACUUCCAGAAUUAUAUGACCAAUACGCGGCAAAAACCGAACUUGGAUCUAAAAUCAAAACAACAAAAAAGAAGAUUGCGGAAGCUAUGUCGAUUAUUCAAUUAGACGAGCUAAAAUGUCGGAAACGGGUGCUUCGUCGCUUCCAGUUCAUCAACGAGGCAGAAGUUGUGCAAUUGAAAGCUCGCGUCGCAUGCGAGAUCAGUAGCGGCGACGAGCUAAUGCUGAGCGAGCUGCUUUUCAAUGGGUUUUUCAAUAACCUCACACCCGAACAGUGUGCUGCAGUUCUUAGCGUGUUUGUCUUUGAGGAGAGUUCCAAGGAGACGCCGCCGAUUUCCAAGGAAGAGCUCGCGAAGCCACUGAGAGAUAUCCAGGCGCAGGCCAGGAUUAUUGCCAAGGUGUCGCAGGAGUCCAAACUGGCGGUCAAUGAGGACGAAUAUGUGAAAGGAUUCCGAUGGGAGUUGAUGGAGGUCAUUUAUGAAUGGGCGAAGGGGAAGUCAUUUGCGGAAAUUUGCAAAAUGACGGAUGUUUACGAGGGAAGCUUGAUCCGGACAUUUCGUCGAUUGGAGGAAUGUAUGCGGCAAAUGGCCCAAGCAGCGAAAGUUAUGGGCAGCGAAGAUUUGGAGAAGAAGUUCGAGAAGUCUCUCGAGAUGGUGAAGCGGGAUAUUGUUGCGGCACAAUCUCUCUAUCUCUAG